CCCACCGUAGCAGACGUAGCCAGGAUGGGGUUAGCGACUCUGGGGAGCAGGCACAAGGUAGUGUGCCUGAGAAUAGCAUCCAGUCACUGUGGCAAGGGCAGCGAAGGACGACGCCUUGUAGAAAGGGACUACGGCGCGUGAUCUGCGCAAACAAACAAGGUGGGCUGGAUCCAAACGAGUCGGGAAUCUGCAAACAGGGACUAGAAGAGAAUCCCGCACCAAUGGAAUCUAGCGCCGUGCAAAGGGGACUGGAGGACGGGCAGAAUGAGGGAGCCGUGAUGUGUGGCUACUUGAAGAGCAUCAUGGAUGGGUACAAGCAAAAGAUGGUGUCGCCCGGCAGGCACAUGCUCCUUCCACUAGCCAUCAUGAGAUGUGGCUUGACAGCACUCACCGGGCGCGAAGCAUCAAUAAAUGACGUGCUACAUGUAUUGUCGGCUUCUGCAUUUGAUGCCGUGGACAAGCUUUUCGCCGCUGCUGAAAAGGCCGGGGGCAGGGGAGAUACUGUGAAGAAGCAAGCGGAACUCCGUCUGAAGGCUCAAGAGCAGCAAUUCUGGAAGAAGCAGGGGGGGGAGCAAGUUACCCUCAAAGAGCUGUUGGACAGGGAUCCAGCUUUGGCGUCUGGCUUUGAGUACAAUAUCGAUACGUUUCAUGUGAAUGAAAAGAAGCAGCUAGCUCCGGACACGGGGUUUGCCCACGGCGGACCACGAACUGGUCCGGCCUACGCCGAGCUACUCGAGUCAGUUCUUUUUGGGCAUGGGGUUGCUAUGCUGUCAGGUGGCGGCAUGCAGGGGCAGGAUGGUGCUGCAAUCAUGCAAGGUCAAAUGGGCGUGCUUUGGAGUCCUGUGGGUCUGUGAUUCGUGCUCAAAGAGGAGGUUGUUGUGGCAUCUAUGAGCAGCCAACGCGAUGACCGAGCGCCCCGAACCACACGUUGGGUGGAGAGGCGGUCCGGCAAGCGGAGUAGGCCCGAUGAGGGGGAUUGCUACAGCGAAGACGGGGUUCGGCUGGUGUGGGAGGAUGUAUCCGUGGCACAACAUUUUACCAUACACUUCCACCACGUAAUGUUACGAUGCGCCGCUCGACAAAAGGCAGGACGACUGAUGACGCCACAGGAAGUAGCUAGGGAGAUCGCCACGUGUGCAGAGCAUUGGGCGGGCAUUCAUGGACAUUGCCAUCGAGAGGGACCUGCACCACGUUGUGU